GUGAAGAGGCGGGCCGAGAUUUGAGACGGAAGUGACGUCAAAAUCAGCGCCAAGAAAAAGCGAGCAAUUCGAUGUAUCAUUGAAGGCCAUGGCCCCUCGACGCCUCCUGUUGGUUGGGGAGGGGAAUUUCUCCUUCGCUGCUGCUCUGAGCGAGACCAUAGAUCCGAGCUCUAGUCUAACCGCCACCUGCCUUCAAAACGCAGCUCACUUGGCCCGGGAUCCAGUGGCCCAGGAGAAUCUGCGGCGCCUGCGCGAACGAGGUACUGAGAUACGUUUCGGUGUGGACUGCACCCAACUGGCAAAUGCCUUUGAACCACCCAACAGGAAAUUCGAUCGAAUUUAUUUUAAUUUUCCUCACUGUGGACGCAAAGCUGGAGUAGCUAAGAACAGGGAACUGCUUGCCAAGUUUUUCCAGAGCUGUGCAGAUGUUCUUGCAGGGGAAGGAGAAGUUCAUGUGGCACUGUGUAGAGGACAAGGUGGUACUCCUGCAGAUAAACCCCAGAGAGAAUGGCACAACAGUUGGCAAGUGGUUGCCAUGGCAGCUCUGGGGGGUUUCAUCUUAAGUGAUGUGAUUCCUUUCAGCUGUGAAGCUGUGCCAGGCUACAAGUGCACUGGAUAUAGAUUAGCUGGAAACAAAGCGGGACAAGUCUGGGCACCGGAAGGAUCUACUGCUUUCAAGUGUUUGCUCUCAGCAAGGUUAUGUGCUGCUCUUCUGAGCAACAUCUCUGACUGUGAUGAAACAUUCAACUACUGGGAACCAACACACUACCUCAUCUAUGGGAAAGGGUUUCAGACUUGGGAAUAUUCCCCAGUGUAUGCCAUUCGUUCCUAUGCUUAUCUGUUGCUUCAUGCGUGGCCAGCCGCAUUUCAUGCAAGAAUUCUACAAACGAAUAAGAUUCUUGUCUUUUACUUUUUGCGAUGUCUUCUGGCUUUUGUGAGCUGUAUUUGUGAACUUUACUUUUACAAGGCUGUGUGUAAGAAGUUUGGUCUGCAUGUGAGUCGAAUGAUGUUAUCUUUCUUGGUGCUCAGCACUGGCAUGUUUUGUUCAUCAUCUGCUUUUCUUCCUAGUAGCUUUUGUAUGUACACUACAUUGAUAGCCAUGACUGGCUGGUAUAUGGACAAGACUCCCAUUGCUGUGCUGGGCGUAGCAGCUGGGGCUAUCUUAGGCUGGCCAUUCAGUGCAGCUCUUGGCUUACCCAUUGCCUUUGAUUUGCUGGUCAUGAAACAUAGGUGGAAGAGUUUCUUUCAUUGGUCACUGGUGGCUCUAAUUCUCUUUCUGGUGCCUGUAGUGGUCAUUGACAGCUACUAUUAUGGGAAGAUGGUAAUUGCACCACUCAACAUUCUUUUAUAUAAUGUCUUCACUUCUCAUGGACCUGAUCUUUAUGGCACAGAACCCUGGUAUUUCUAUUUAAUUAAUGGAUUUCUGAAUUUCAAUGUUGCCUUUGCUUUGGCUCUUCUGGUCUUGCCACUGACUUCUCUUAUGGAGUACCUGCUGCAGAGAUUUCAUGUUCAGAAUUUAGGCCACCCAUAUUGGCUUACCUUGGCUCCAAUGUAUGUUUGGUUUAUAAUUUUCUUCAUCCAGCCUCACAAAGAAGAGAGAUUUCUUUUCCCUGUAUAUCCACUAAUAUGUCUCUGUGGUGCUGUGGCUCUUUCUGCACUUCAGAAAUGUUACCACUUUGUGUUUCAACGAUACCGCCUGGAGCAUUAUACUGUGACAUCGAAUUGGCUGGCAUUAGGAACAGUCUUCCUGUUUGGGCUCUUAUCAUUUUCUCGCUCUGUGGCACUGUUUAGAGGAUAUCAUGGGCCCCUUGACUUGUAUCCAGAAUUUUACCGAAUUGCUACAGAUCCAACUAUCCACACUGUCCCAGAAGGCAGACCUGUGAAUGUCUGUGUGGGAAAAGAGUGGUAUCGAUUUCCCAGCAGCUUCCUUCUGCCUGAUAAUUGGCAGCUUCAGUUCAUUCCAUCAGAGUUCAGAGGUCAGCUACCAAAACCUUUUGCAGAGGGACCACUAGCCACCCGGAUUGUUCCUACUGACAUGAAUGACCAGAACCUAGAAGAGCCAUCCAGAUAUAUAGACAUCAGUAAAUGUCACUAUUUAGUAGAUUUGGACACCAUGAGAGAAACACCCCGGGAGCCGAGAUAUUCAUCCAAUAGAGAAGAAUGGAUCAGCCUGGUCCACAGACCAUUUCUUGAUGCAUCUAGAUCUUCAAAGCUGCUUCGGGCAUUUUAUGUCCCCUUCCUGUCUGAUCAGUAUACAGUGUAUGCAAACUAUACCAUCUUCAAACCCCGGAAAGCAAAGCAACUCAGGAAGAAAAGUGGAGACCGAAGAAGAACAGAACCAACUUACAAGAAGAUUUGAAAAUUCCUGGACUGGAUGGCUGUGUUAAGCUACUGUCCAAACUGUGGUUUGGCCUCUGAGAACUAGCAAGCCUCGCUUGGACCACAUGGGCUUCUCCACCAAAGCUGUUUCGCAGCUCCUGACAGACCUUAUUGCUCAAAUCCUAGUGUUGAAAAUGAGCACAGCUUUGUUGCUAACAACAUGUCCUUUUUCACCUCCAGUAAAUCUAAGCUCUGUAAAUCACUUCACAGGACCAGGACCCUGUCCUGGAGCUAUCUCAGGAAAAAGGCAAGCAUUUGAAAAACUGUGACCUAAUUUUAGUAUAUAUGAUGCCUUUAAUUUCCAUUUUAUUUCCUUCAGAACCAACUAUAUGUCUAUUUUAUGUUUUUAAGUUUAGCAUGCUGUAUCUUGAGUUCCUGACUCUUCUGUAUAAAAGUUUCAACUGACAAACAUGUAGUGGGGCAUUCUUAGAAAAAUUAAUUCUACUAGUUGGUAGAUGUGGAUGACAUCACAUUUUCAAAUAACGUAUUCUUAGGCCAUUUCUGAGGAAAUUAAGAAUUUCAUUUUUUUGAACAGUCCCAGUGAAAAGGAACAGUGUAUAUUUAUAGCCUGUUUUUCAGUUCUGUCUGUUUCAAGGCACAUGCUUCAUGGGGUACUUCUAGUCAAAUAAGCAAUGAGAAGGACUCAAUUAAAAUAUAAUAAGCAUAUACUAUUACUUUACCUUUAUUUACAGUAGUUCACAGUUUACAAGGCACUUUCAACAUCUCUUUGAUCCUCACAAUAACAAUGUAAGGUAGACAACAGGUGAUUUUAUCCUUAUUUUACAGAUAAGGAAACAAACUAAAGAGAAGAGGGAAAGGUCACACAGACUGUAGAAGAGCUAGGACCUGAACCUAGGUGGCUUAGCUUCUCAUCUAGCUUGAAAGGAUGAUGAAGUUGACCAGAGAUCUGACUGAUAUGUAACUUUCUAUUUUAUUUUAUUUUUAUUUAUUUAUAUUUUUGGUACUGGGGAUUGAACU